AUGCGCUUCACAGCGACCCUGCUCGCCUGCUCAGCGCUGUUCGCUCAACUCGGACACGCGCACGACGUGCGGGACCAGCAGGUGAGGCAGAAGCGACACCACGAUGCGUCGGCGGCGGCCAAGAUCGAGAAGCGGUAUCCGCCUGGGCGCGAGACGUUCAUCCCGACUACGACGCCCGCGUACGCUCUGAGUACCUCUUCGGCCACUCCCGCGGCGACAAAGACCUCGUCGACCUCGUCCGGAAGCCAGACGACUCCUCCGCCUGGACAGUACACGACGGGGACGACUCGCGCGCAUGUUGCGGCGACGACGACGACGCCUACGACCUGCGCACCGCCUUACAUCGCCACGAGCAUGAUUACGGGGACUGGGACGCUCCCGAAACCUACGACGUUCGUUACCAAGGUCUACCGCUCGAACCAGUUGACACUCAACGGGUCGCCGUUCACCAUCGUCGGUCCCAACAUCUUCUGGCUGUGCCAGGGCCAAGACUACGGACCCCUCGGCUCGUACACCGACAAGUCGAUGGUGCGCGAAGCACUCGCCAUCGCCGUCGCCAUGGGCGCCAACACCAUCCGCGCCCUCUCGUGCGGUAUCUCCACCGGCACAUACAACAACUUGAACCCCUACAACCUCGAACCGACGUUCAACAACUUCGACUCUGCUGCCUGGGACAUUCGCGACUAUGUGCUGUAUGCCGCGAGGGAGUACGGGCUGAGGGUGAUCUUGACGCUGACGGAUAACUACGCUUACUACCACGGAGGCAAGUACGACUUCCUGAACUGGCGCAAGGCGAGCCUCGCGAACAACGGCGCAGACUUUUACACCAACCGCGCCGUCAUGUCCGCUUACAACACGUACAUCACGAACUUUAUCACGCACGUCAACUCGUACACUGGCGUUGCGUACUACAACGAUCCGACGAUCGUCGCCUGGGAGACGGGUAACGAGCUCGGCGGCUACAUCAACGCCGAAGUCUGGCCGCCUUACUCUUGGACCAAGUUCAUCGUGCAGACUAUCCGCAAGUACGACACGAAGCACUUGAUCAUUGAUGGAACCAACGGCUUCUGGAACUACACCACCGGCGCGACUUCCGCCGGCCUCACCCUCUCCGGCGUCGACAUCGUCACCGACCACGGCUACCCGCGCAACACGGGAAUUAUCAACAAGGAAUUCUCGCUCGCCAAGCCUGCGCUCAAGAACUUCUUGAUUGGCGAGUUCGACUGGACAACGACUUACAGCUCGACGGACCUUGCGACGUACCUCAACUUGAUCGAGUCGUGGAAGCCUCUGGUCGGCGAUCUCGCCUGGAACGUUCAGGGGCACGACCCGACAUGCUGCCGAUUCAUCUCGCACAACGACGGGUACAGCAUAUACUACCCAAACGCGAAUUCUGCAGCCGACCAAGCGAAUAUCCUCCUCCUGGCACAGCACUGGUACCGCAUGACCAACCGCGCGCCUCCCGCCGCCCUCGUAGGCGUUGCCUGCCCCCAGCCCGUCUUUUAG